UAGAGUUGGUACUACGUCGUUGGAUUUUAUUUCAAAACAAAAAAAUUUAAUUUAAGUUUCUUUGAAGAAUUCAUUGAGGAUGUGCCGUUUGACAGUUAUGUGUUUCGCGCUUUUGGUCGCCACUGCAGCGGCGACUAAAGUGUCUCAGUGCAAAAGUGGUCAGCCAUUUCCACUAAGCGUUGAAAUCGAGAACUGUGAAGAUACGCCAUGUGAUGUGCACAAAGGCUCUACGGUGGUAAUGAAAGUGCAUUUCUUGGGCAACCGCGAUAAUAUCAAAUCCAUCACUGGUGUGGUCCAUGCCACCACUUUGGGGCUGACAGUGCCCUAUCCAUUGCCAGACGAUGUUGCCGAUGUGUGCAGUAAUUUGUUGUACGACGCCAUGUGUCCCAUCUACGAUACCGAGGAUGUCGUAUAUAACUUCAACUUCUACGUUGACACCAGCUAUCCAGAGAUCAGUGUAAAGGUACAAUUGAAUUUGGUGGAUGAAAACAAGGACUCCGUAGCUUGCUUCAUCACCGAUAUUAAAGUACGCAAGGCUAUCAGUUAAGGCUUGAAUUUGGUGUGAAGAUCUAGUAAAUAAUGGAUAUUGAUAUUCUUUAAAUGUAGUUAAUAAAAUAAAUAAGUAUAACUUA